AUGACAAAUGUGACGACUAUUAUCGACAAUUCCAAUCAUUGUCCGCAUAUCAAUGAUAUUAUUUUCAACAAAACAAUACGUGAUAUGCCAUUGGCUAAGAGAAUCAAGUAUUACGGACAUCUCUGUCAGCGAAAUCAUCACAUGAUUUGUUUUAUGGAUGAAGUUCAUCUAUGUUUCUGUGAUAAAUAUCGCGAUCCGGAUUGUCUUGUAUUUCAGCGUGAGACAUUAACUGAAUGCAAAACAAAUUAUUGUCAGAACAAUGGACAAUGCGUACAAAAUGAAUUUAACGGCAUUUGGGAUUUUAGCUGUGUGUGUAACGAAUGUAUUUACGGAUCAUUGUGUCAUUUAACAGCAUCGCAAUACACAUUUUCAUUCGAUAUGAUCAUUGGUCAAGAUAUUCUUGCGAACCAGUUGUUAACAAGUCAACCAUUAGUAAUUCAAGUUGUUUUAUCGAUUCUUAUUUUAAUGUUUAUCAUUGGAAUUCUAUCGAAUGGCGUAUCCCUUAUUGUGUUCAAGCAAAAACAAGUACAGACGACUGGCUGUGGCGUAUAUUUAUUCUAUUUACCUAUCAUUGGUCAGUUUGGGUUAUUAUUUUUAAUUGGUCGCUUUUCUUAUCUUUUAAAAACGCAGAUAUCCGAUGUUAAUAAUCGAUCAAUCGCUCGAUGGAGUUGUGUCAUACUGGAAUACUUUAUAAACAUCUGUCCAAUGUGUUUUAAUUGGCUUAUCACCUGUGUGGCAAUAGAACGAUGUGUUAAUGUCAUCAAAGGUAUUUCGUUCAGUAAACCUAAGAGUGUUUGGUGGGCGAAACGGGUUGUUUUAAUUCUUACAAUCAUUAGUUUGAUCAGUUCAUCGUAUGAGCCAUUUAUUCGACAAAUAAUCGACGAUCCUCGAUUAACAAAUCGACAUACAUGGUGUGUGAUCGCCUUUCCUUCACGUUGGAUCGAGUAUUAUCGAUUAACAAUGAACCUUAUCAAUCUCAUCAUUCCAGGUUUGGUCAAUUUCUUUGUGACAUUAUUUAUUUUACAUCGUACAACAAAGAUGAAACAAGUUGUAGCUAAAAAUCAAGACGAUAAGGGAUAUUGGACAUGUUUAAAGCGACAACUUCCUUUGUAUGGAAGUCCGAUAUUAUUGAUUAUAUUUAGUCUCAUGCGUUUAAUCUUCUCGUUAACGUUGGUUUGUAUAACUCAUCAAUGGCAAAAAUAUGUCUUUUUAAUAGCUUAUCUGAUUUCAUUUUGUCCAUUAAUAAUGACAUUUCCGAUUUUUGUCUUACCGGCGAAGAUUUACAAGGCAGAAUUCAAAAGUUUGAUGCAACGAAUGAAGAAAUUAUUCUAA